AUGGAUGAGCUUUUGCGUCCUAUCAGCAGGACUUAUGUCAAGUCGGAAGAUACCGCAAAGUCCCUGCUCCAGGAGGUCCAGGCAUCAUCAAGGGCGACAUCGAUACCAAUUUCCAAGCCAACAUCGCUUGAAGACGUCGUGGAGACCUUGAAAAAUGAACCUGACUACGACACUCUAAUAUCGGUGUUGAGUUUUGUCGUCCAAAAAGGACCAGUGGGUGAGCAUUUCAACAUCGGCUCUCCAGGACCCGAGGCCGCCAGGAUCAUCCAGAUCUUGGUCACUGAAAUCGUACCGAAUUACUGGGCCAUACUCAAGGAAUCAUCUUCAGACGAUGAGUAUUCAGAUUUAAAGCUCUUGCUGGAUAGUCUCCGAAAUCUUGCGGGCCUGAAUGCUGUCUUGCUGCGCCUGCGGACUCUCACUCAGGAGCAAAAGUCGGAGACGACAGCUAACAAACGCUCCGACGUGCUGCUGAAUCUGAGCGUCACCCUUGAGCUCCUUUGUGGAAUUCUAGAUGGCGAAGAGGGUGUCGUACGUCUAUGGACAAACACCUGCACGACACCAGACUCCAUGAAACAACGCAUAUUGGCAAGAGAUUUUGUCAAUGUCAUCGCUGGCGGCCGUAUCGUCGCCUUCUCAGCAGAAGCUGAAUCUCUUGCUCCUCACGAAGCCAAGGGCCAGAUCAUUUGGGUUGCCGAUGGGAAAGAGUAUACGAGGUGGUUGACCCGUAACGUCAUAUCAUGGUCAAGACAAGCAGACCUCCCCAUGCAGAAGAAGCUGGUGGCAGACCUCUUGUCGAAGGCUCUGCGUCUAGGAUACUCUGAUACUGUAUUUCAGAUUCUGCUCGAGGAUAUCGUCAACAGGUCCCAAGAAUCCCGGCACAUCUCUGACUUGUUCGGCAAUCUCGCCAACACAGAGCAACGCACUUUCCUCUCCAGCAUUUUGAAGGCCAUUGCAGAUAUCUAUCUCAACCACGUCAAUGCCAGUGAUCCAUCUAAAGAGAAGACGGCAAUAGCCGCAGCUGCCGGUAUCAUCGGCUCACUCGUCGCGAAAGACGCCAAAUACUUGUCUCAUCUGAUCACAUGGCUAACAAGUGCCACCGGGACCGGGCUUGGUGAUGCAGUUGGUGUUCGGCGUGCAGUUCUGGCUGUUCUUUCGCCGGACAGGGACAGCAUCACUACAGUCUUUGAAAAUAGUCUCAACCAGUUCGGAGAUUUCCUGUACAUCAAGCAUACCCCAGUUCUUCAACAAGAAGUGCACGCGCAAGUGCUCCUUCUGAGCGCUGGAUAUCUUCAAAGACUGGCUCCGAUCAAAUUAUCCCUUGUCGUGAGAUCGGGCUCGUUCAUGAACAUGGUCUCCAAGAGGUUGGAAGCGUCUCAGACCCGCGCUCGCUUGCUGGGUAUGAUCGUUGGCGAGGCGCUCUCAAAAUUGGCCCACAAAGACGACAAGAAGCUCAAUUUCAACAUGGAGGAGACGAGCUCAGAUGAAGCUCUCUGGUACAAAGGCUUAGUAGACAUUUCGGAUGUUGUCGGUCCCAUUGAGACCUUGGCUUCGAAACAGCAGCCGGCCGAAUACACCCGGCAGACGAAGGCACCACCUGCCCCCAAGUCAAAGCCAGCACCGGCUCCAGCGCCAUCGACCAGCAAAUCGAAGGCGAUCAUCGAAGAGGUGGAGUCUGACGAGGAAGAGGACGAUGAUAUAGUGCCCUUGAAGAAACCAGAAGAUGACGAUAUUGAUUCCGAUGACGACCCAGAAACUGUCAGGCGAGACAAGCCCAAAGCCCCUGUGUACAUCAGAAAUCUUAUCACAUAUCUUCGGGACACUGAGGGCUACGAUCACCAAAAGCUCGCCCUCACAACUGCACCGACCUUGAUCAGGCGGAAAGCGAAUUUUGGAACUGAAGUCAAGGAGCAUGCCGAAGAGCUUGCUUCACUUUUGGUGGGCAUACAGGACACAUUUGAUAUUGAGAACUUUUACGACCUCAAACUACAGGGUAUGAUUGCUAUAACUGUGGCCCAACCUCAGAUGAUGGGCCCAUGGUUCGCCAAAACAUUCUUCAGUGGAGACUAUUCAGUGGCACAGAGAGCUUCUGUACUUACGGUCUUGGGCCUGAGUGCCCGCGAGAUUGCUGGGCACGCAACUUCAGAGUACACGGCCGCGGCAUCGUUCCCUUCUCAGACGCUGCCUGAUAAGAUGAAGAGGCUUUAUGUGGAGGACGCAGCAAUGAACAACCAACUUGCCUCGUCAUCAUCGCUUAAAGCAUUGCCACCCAACGCUUUGGAUACGAUAUCAAAAUCACUCACCUCCGACUUCAUGGCGCCACUGGCGGCUGAUGCUGCGGAUUCAGCGACAGGUCCAGACGCUCUGAAGCUGUCAACAUUCAAAUCACGUCUCGAUCAGCAACAGUCUUCGACGGCACAGAAGUCCAAGAGCAAGCCCCGGGUCCGUGCCAUUCCCAACACGACGGCCCAGCUCAUUGCCACGUCGUUCUUCUUCCCACUUACCGCUCGCUUUCAGUCCGCAGCGCGUUCGAUGGCAGGCCGCACCCGCGGCAUCGUCUUUCAGCCCUUCCUCUUGUCGCUCUACAUCAAGACCCUGGCGCUCCUCCUCCAUGCCGCAGGGCCGAGCACGCUGUCCCUGCCGGACAUGACGGCCGAGCUUUGGGAGCUCUUGUUGGGAAGCAGCGUGCGCGCACAUGCUGUUGGAGACCUGGGCGUCACGCAUGCAGUCUUGUUUGCACUGCUGACACUGCUGGAGGUUAACGGGGACAGGAUGCGGGACAUUUGUCAGAGCAUGCCGAGAGAGGUCGUCGAAACGCAGGAGUGGGUCGCCCAGAUAUUCAGUGGCACUAGAGGCGAGGAUGGAGGAGAGGAGAACGACGUGAAGAUGUUGGCUGCGGGCGUGUUGAUCAGGAUCAGGGAAGGCAUGGAUAAUCAUAGGGCCUUGCUGAUGGGUGACAUGAUCGGAUCCCUGCCUUUGGCCGAGCCCCUAGAUCCUAGCACUGCAAGCACUGUACCUCAGAGUGGCACCAGAUCGGAAGCUCCCGGCGCACUUACAAAUCAACGGCAGGCAAAUGGUGAGCUCAUCGAAUUCCGCAACAAGUCACAAUGGGAUCGCAAGUCUCGGCUCGUAUCCGUUCCAGCCGCCGCGGCGAUCGCGCAACCGCCAGCGCCCGCGAUCUCCGAUGCCUCUUCGAAGCCAAAGGUCCGUCCAUUCCGUACCCACGAUAUCCCCGAACUUCUUCCUUUCAUCACCGAGGCUGACUCGCUACUGGUAAAACAGCCAUGUUGUGUCUGUAAAGACGAGAAGGCGAAACGCGACGAGUGCAUGCUUUUCUCGAAUGCCGCCGACCCGGCCAAAGACUGCAAAUCCACCAUCGACCUGUACCGAUCUUGCAUGAAGGGGUUCGGCUUCGAAACCUGUAUCACUCCGCUCAACGAUUCAGGCGAGCUUCACAACUGA